AUGAAAAAAACUUAGCACACGAACAAAAGAAAGAAAAAGGCUAUUUACAAUUAUCGGUAGUGACCGAAGAGAUGUUUAAGAACCAUAAGGGAUUCAAUCUUAUUAACCUUUGUGAUCGAAGAUUUCCAUUGACUGAAGUUUUUCAAAUUGAAGUUUUAAAAACAGACACUUUUGGUGCUUUUAAGAAUGCUGUUGCUGCAAAGUUUCAAAUUCCUAUUAAUCAAAUGAGAUUCUGGAUAGUCGAGAAACAAGACAACAUUAAUUUUAGGCUGCAUAAUCUUAUAACCGACGAUCUAAUGGAUAAAAUCAGACUUACACAAUAUGAUGAUUUACGAGUGUAUAUGGAGGUGUACGAAAAGCUAUUAGAUGUUAAAAAAAGGCCUAUAAAAACAUCAUCUGUUUUAAUUUUUCUUAAAUAUUUUAAUUUAUAUACACAAUCGUUAGAAGGUCUUGGUCAGUUGUACGUUCAGACAGAUUAUACAAUCAAAGUUCUUUUUCCUAUUCUCUGUGAAAGAAAACAAUUAUCGUCAAACACACUUCUUGAUAUAUAUAAAGAAACUAAACCAAAUGUAAUCGAAAAGAUGAAUCCAAAAUUUACUUUUAAAAAAUAUAAUAUAAAAAAUGGUGACAUAAUAUGUUUCCAAAGGACAUUAACGAAUAAAGAGAUUCAAGAGCAUGUUUCCGCAAAUUGCAUCUAUAGCAUUCCUCAAUUUUUUAUAUCAUUAUCAAUGAAUAUUAUCGUUCAUUUUAAGUCAAAAUUUGGAUAUAAAGAUCCGAUACCUGAAUUUAAAUUGGUUUUAAAUAAAAAUUCAACAUAUAAAUCUGUUGUUAAUCAAGUCGCUAUUCAUCUUAAUAUCGAUCCUUUAAAAUUACGUUUCAUAUCAGUAGGAUCAUAUGGAGAACCAACAUUUGAGAUUGAUAGUAUGACUGUUCAAACACUAUCCGAGUUGCUUCAAUCUUCAAGUCUAUACUAUGAAAUACUUUAG